AUGGUCGACCCAAAGGUCAUCGCAACCCUCACUUGCUGGCACGAUAUUGUUGGACCUGCUUAUGGCUCACUUCAUCGGGUCCUGACUAGCGGUCCCAAUGGCCCUGAGGGAAGCGGGAAGAAGACGGCGUUCCAGGUCACCCACAACACCACGCAGAGCUUCUACGACUGGCUUGAAUCACGUCCCAAGCAACGCGCGAGCUUCAACGGGUACAUGGCCGCAGUUCAUGCAGACACGAUGAAAUGGCUUGACGUGGUGAACGUUAAUGAGGAAAUCGCACACAACGCGCACGAGAACGAUGUGGUCUUUGUCGAUGUCGGUGGCGGCGACGGUUCGCAGUCUAUCGAGGUGCAAAAGGUACACAUUCUCGGCGGUAAGAUAAUUAUGCAGGAUCGUGUCGCCGUUGUCGAGGCGGCGACAAAGGCACACGAGGCCGGCGUGGAGACCAAGACAUACGACUUCUUCACUGAACAGCCUGUCAAAGGAGCCCGGGCCUAUUUCAUCCAGUUCGUCCUUCUCAACUGGGCCGACGACGACUGCGUGCGCAUUUUCGCCACCCAGGCUUCCACCAUGGGUCGCGAUAGCGUGCUGAUGAUCGUUGACUACGUGCAAGGGCACAGGUGGGAGACCAGGAGCGAGCUCCCAUAG